ACAGCGCAGGUCAGUAACUGAGUGGUGUAACUGGGAGGAGGAGUGCCUGCCUAGAUAAAAUAAUUUUCUCCGGCGACCUGCUCUCAAAAGACCGAAGAACAACACAUUAAACGAAUGAAGCGAAGGUAGUGUGAGAAACCGGUGAACUGUACGCGGACUGAGGCUGGUUCAGGGACGUCUCCUACAUUGUUUUGAAGGCCUGUUGCUAGCUUCGGGGAAUCCUCGGGCUAGCCCGGUAGACACCGGGCCGAGAGAGCGCAGGGGACCUGGACAGGAGCUGGUUUUAUCGACCAGGUUUGACUGACGCUGGCUGCCCUAUCUUAUAAUCAAACGAAGACGUAACGUCUCCUGCUCCUCCGAGGCGGAUAUAAAUCAGCGUAACUCAAGACGCUGUGUGUUUGACAGCUAGCUAACAUUAGCUCACCUGUGUUUACAAGCUAACUUAGCCAGAUUGUGUGAAGAAGUUGGCACUCAGGUGUCUUUGUUUCAGUUAAGAUUUGCAUAUUUGGGUGCCACCAGCUGCCUGCUAGCUGGCGGUGAUUUGUAACCUUGUUCUUAUUCAGUCUACGCCGACUGAAGGUCGCCAGCCAGGCAGCUAGAUCAAAAAGUCCCCUGAGCUAAGGUUAUCGCAUCUUCGAGCUUAUCUACUGCUGCACAAAGUUUAUUUGUUUGUGUAGAAGAAUCAGACUUUCAUGAGUCGAUUAUCAAAGCUACCUGUGACCAGCUGAAAGACAGUAUCCCGGAUGAAGACUCACAGAGAGGUGUGGAUUUUGAUGCUGUCAGGACUUACAGGUAUCACCUGUUCUUCUCAGCAUUAUUAAUCUCACACCGGCACCCAACAUCUGCUGCACCAGAAACACCUCAUCUGCUGUGUCGCUCUCUUGAGCUCAUUUGCUCAAGAAGGAUACUUUUCAAAACAGACCACAAUGAAUCGUUACCUGCCGGUGGCACGACAGCACUUUCUGGCUGCCCUUGCCAGCACCAGUGUGGUGGUGAAAAGUAUAAGUGCCGUGGUGGUUCUCCUCUAUCUGUUGUCAUGGGCCAUCGACACUCCAUACGCACUGGGGGUGACCCCAGGCUACCUCUUUCCGCCCAACUUCUGGGUGUGGACACUUGUGACCCACGGGGUGGUGGAGCAGCACGUUUGGGGUGUGGCGGCCAACGUUGGGACAGUUAUGGCCUGCGGACGACUGCUGGAGCCUCUGUGGGGCGCUCUGGAGCUCCUGAUCUUUUUCGCAGUGGUUAAUGUAUCUGCAGGCCUCCUGGCAGGCCUCUCCUACCUCCUCACCUAUGUUGCCACCUUUGACCUGGACUACCUGUUUGCUGUCCGUGCCUACGGAGCAGCUGGGUUCCUGGGAGGUGUCCUGGUGGCUCUGAAGCAGACCAUGGGGGACACCACAGUGCUCAGAGUGCCACAGGUGAGACUCAAAGCAGCACCGGCUUUGGUCCUCCUUCUCCUGGCCUUACUGCGUCUGUCUGGGCUGCUCGACAGCUCUGCCCCGCUGGCUACGUACAGCUAUGGUGCCCUGUCCGGAUGGGUCUACCUGCGCUUCUACCAGAGGCACAGCCGGGGCCGCGGGGACAUGUCGGACCACUUUGCCUUUGCUAGCUUCUUCCCCGAGGCGCUGCAGCCGGCCGUGGGGCUGCUGGCGGGGCUGGUGCACUCCGCCCUGGUGAAGAUGAAGGUGUGCAGGAAGAUGGUGAAGAGAUACGAUGUGGGGGCGCCGUCCUCCAUCACUAUCAGCCUGCCAGGGACUGACCCACAAGAUGCAGAGAGGAGGAGACAACUGGCCCUCAAGGCCCUCAACGAGCGUCUAAAGCGCGUGGAGGACCAGUCUGCCUGGCCCAGCAUGGACGACGAGGAAGACGAUGAUGAGGACGAAGUCAGAACCGACACACAGCCGCUCCUCCCAGGUGGGCGUGACCCCUCCUCCUCCACACCGAGACCAGCAGGAGGACCCGUCGGCGGCUCUCUCUCCUCCACAUCCUCAUCUUCGAUGUCACAGAGCAGUGGAGGGCCACCCACUGGCGGAGCGCAACACCCAGAGUCCAGCAUUAUCAGCUUCGAGGAUGCACCUUCUAGAUCGUAACAAAUAGAACACAUGUGUAAAGAUACGCACGCUCUGUUCGGUGUCACUGGCAGGUAUGCUAGUGUAUUCAGCGUCCCUGACUAGUAUACGAAUAUGUUCAGUGACAGUGAGUAGGUAUACGCUCGAUAUUACACACGCCAACACACACAACAUCUUCGACCAGUUCAUACACACAACUGUGCGUUCACAAACACACUUGUCAAUGUCAUCAUGAAGCCCAGUGGGGUGGUAACUGUACAGUGCUUUCAGUUCAGACAUGUUGGUUGUAAAUGCUCAGUAUAGUUGGGCAAACUGGACACUUCAUUCUUCUCUUCCUUCUCGCAUACGACCGAAAGUCAACCAGAAAUUCUGUCAUUUCCGGACUUGAUCCCAACUAGCAGAGCUCAGUUCACUGCUUCAUGUGUCUCUCUCUCUUGCUUUCUAAAUAAAUAACAAAAUGGGUGUACAAUAUUCUUUUUUAAGUCUUUUUCAGAGCAGCUGUGGUUGUUCUCUGAUUGCCUGCCACGAGAAAGCCGCCAGUGACAGAGACUCACGCCGAAUUCUCGAAUGAAAAGCCGACUCUGCGCACAGCUAAGCUCUGAAAAAUGGCUGCAAGUGACAUUAGCUUUUUGGUUCACUGGUUAAGAUAUGUAACCAGGUGUGUAACGGAGGAGGGAUGAAAAGCACGUACUCAGCAGAGGUGCUGGACCAGAGAAACGAAGCUGCUGCAGGUCUGUCCUGCUGAUGAACUAUGAUACAAAACUUCAACAUCUAAAGAGGUGCCAGAUGAAAAGAAUUUUGUGGACCAGGUUCAUUUGCCGCCUGGUGUCUCUCUGGAACAACAGGCAGAGAAAUGGGCCGCGUACCCAAUUUGUUUUUUUUAUCCCCUAUUUGUCGUUCAGUGGAGAACUAUUGUUUUUUUUUCCUCUUCUUCUGGGUCGGUUCAUAACUAAACAAAAUCAAAAAAACACCUUUUGUUUCUGUGCACUAACAAGACAAGUUAACGGCGUUACAUGAUGAUUACGGUUCUUGUUUUACGAGUUAUGACUUGGUUAUAUUUUUUAGCUCAAUAUAAAGCCUGGAGCAUCGUCCUGUACCAUUUUACACUUCCACCUGUGAGGAUCUGAAAUGAUACAAGGACCUGGGAGCAUGUGAUGCAGAGAAGUGGUCACUGUCUGUCAUGGCUGUUAGUCUUUUGGCAUCAUUAUAAAUGCAGAGAGGUGCAGGAGAAGGGUAGGGAAUGUGUGUGAUGGUUAUGCACAGACUGUGCAGGUGUUGUCAGAGUUGAGAGUCAGAGUUUGUAUCUGUGCUGUGUCAAACUCUGCUCUGGUUUGCUGCGUCUCAGACUCGUGAGGAAAACUGACCCCACAGACAGAAGUCACCUGCAUUGAUCAGUAAUCGGCCCGGUCAGGGUUUCCCAGUCACAUCCUUUGCGCUUGUAACAUCUUUUGUUUCUAAACACACAAUACCAAACAGGGCCAGUGGUGGAUACAUUUCCAGGCAGGUUGAUGGGCAGCAAAAUUGUUUCAUAUAAAACGCCUCAUAAAUUCUAUGCAGACCCAAAGGUCAGUGAUUCAUUCAUUUUGUAGACAGUCAUUGUUGUGGAUGUCACAGUUUAUUAUGGUAAUGAUCAAAGCAUUGAAUUCCACAUUUCCCAGCUGACCUUGUUAAUUAACGUCAGUUGCAGCCAAUAAAUUAUUUCAGACGUUGCAAUCACAGUGAUGACAAAGUCAGAUUUUUUUAACUUAAUGACUUGCAAACAUGAGGCUGAAAAUAUUUCCAAAUGAAAAGAGAAUUUCCAUAUGGCUAAGAGGAUGACACAUGCACUCCUGCUGAACAUACUUAACAAAGAGCAUUUAGUACAAAACAUCAUGUUCACUUGAUCCCUCUGUGAGAGUCAUCAUGGGACAACAGGCCCAGUAGAUUAAGUUGCUGGAAACUACACAAAAUGUUAGCAUUAAGUACAGAAACAUGUUGUUACAUGUUUAAUUCAUAGACAAAGUAGAUCUUGUCUCUGAUCUGAAAGUAGAUCUGUUUUUCAUAUUUAAUAAUCUAAUAAUUGUUUUGUGAGGAAUAACCUUGCA